GGUGGGCUUCUCACGUAGCGAUCUACGCGCACCAGCAGCCAGUCGAGGAGGCUGUUCCCCGCCCGCUCUGGGGAUGGAGCGAGCAGCAAGAGGAGCACGAGUCUUCUCGGAACUGGAAGAGCUUUCUCCACAGGCUCUUCAAGAUGGUGAUCGACUGGCCGCUCACUAUUCCCAGGCAGCUCACGAUUCCUCUCGUGGAGGACAAGCGAUGGUCUCGUCCGGUGGCAGUGGCGAGCGUCACUCUAGCUCCGGUUCUCCUCGCGUUCCUCCUGAGCGCCGGAGUUUCGCCCUCCAGCGCCUUCUACGUCUACUCCUGGGGAUUUGGCAGUGGAGCUGUGCUCGGCCUGACGGCUUUCUUCGUCACGACCCCGGAUCAUCCUCCUCGGAGCUUCGUCUUUCCCUGGGUGGUGGGAGGAUUCCUCAUGAGCAUCGUCUGGUUCUACAUCAUCGCCAAGGAGCUCGUGGCGGUUCUCGUCAGCCUGGGGGUAAUCCUGGAGAUCGACUCGUCGCUGCUGGGCUUGACGGUGCUGGCCUCCAGGAGAAGCUUGAGUACUUGUCGCUCGUGUCAAAGGUAUGCACCGAGCUGGAAACGCACUUAGGGUGCAGCAACAAGACGCUGGCCGAGUUUAUCAUCGAGCUUGGCCGGCACAGCGAGAGCUUGGAGGAAUUCGGCGGGAGGCUCAAGGAAAACGGGGCGGAGUUCCAGGAUUACUUCGUCAAGAAGCUGCUGAUGAUCAUUCACGCCAUUUUCCCGCCCGUGAGGAAAGACAAGGAUAGACAUCGGGGGAGGGAGAAUGUUAGAGGGAAGGAGCGAGAUAAAGAGGAGAGGGAUUGCGAGCGGGAUCGAGAUGGAGAAAGGCAUAGGGACACGGAUAGCAGGAGCAGUGGGAGAAGCAGCAGAGACGAGGAAGACCAUCGUCGGGAGCCCGAGUCCAGGCCAGAGCUCUACAAGAUUUACAAGGGCAGGGUGCAGAGGAUAAUGGAUUCUGGAUGCUUUGUUCAGCUUAACGGGUCCUUCGCGGAAGGACUCGUCCAUAAGUCUGAGAUGGCUUCUCGGAGGGUUGAGCAUGCCAAGGAUGUUGUGAAGAGGGGCCAGGAGGUCUGGGUGAAGGUGGUGUCUUUGAAGGGUGGGAAGAUGAGUCUCUCUAUGAGAGACGUGGACCAGGAAAGCGGGGACGAUCUGGUUCCUAUUCUCAAGCCAUCGGGAAAUGAAGAGGAUGACUUUAGAACCAAUCCUUCCAUUGCCAACAAGCCAUCGACGACAAGGAUGGGCCUUUCUGGGAUUCCACUGAUCGACGACACCUCAGACGCUCCUCGGCCUUCCAAGAAAAUGAGCUCUCCAGAGAGGUUUGAAAGAACGCAGCUGGCUGCUUCAGGGGUGCUGGGCAUGCGAGACAAUCCCAUGCAUGACGAUGACGGAGGUGGUAUGCUGUUUCACGAUGAUGGUGCAGAAGUAGAGCUUGAAAUAUUGCCGAACGAGGACAAGCCUGCGUUCUUGAGGGGACAAACAAGGUACUCGAUUGAUCUCUCACCUCUGAAGAUCGUCAGGAACCCUGACGGUUCUUUGCAGAGAGCAGCGAUAACUCAAUUGCCUCUGGCUAAAGAGAGAAGGGAGCAGCAGCAGCGAACAAUGCUGGACUCUAUACCCAAGGACUUGAAUCGUUCAUGGGAGGAUCCCAUGCCAGAGACAGGAGAGCGGCGCCUAGCACAAGAACUCCGGGGUGUAGGACUGUCUGCGUACGAUAUGCCCGACUGGAAGAAGAAUGCGUUCGGAAAGGCGCCAACUUUCGGACAACGGUCGAAGCUUUCGAUUCAAGAGCAGAGACAGAGCUUGCCGAUUUACAAGCUGAAGAUGGACCUCGUCAAGGCCGUGAACGAGAACCAGGUGCUGGUCGUGAUUGGUGAGACCGGCUCGGGAAAGACAACUCAGAUGACGCAGUACCUGGCCGAGGCAGGAUACACUUCGAGGGGGAAAAUCGGCUGCACGCAACCUCGAAGGGUGGCCGCCAUGUCCGUGUCCAAGAGGGUGGCAGAAGAAUUCGGCUGCCGUUUGGGUGAGGAGGUUGGAUAUGCCAUCCGGUUCGAGGACUGCACAGGGCUUGAGACCGUCAUCAAGUACAUGACAGAUGGUAUGCUUCUCCGAGAGAUACUCAUGGACGAGAACCUCUCGGCAUACUCGGUGAUCAUGCUGGACGAGGCUCAUGAGAGAACAAUCCACACGGAUGUUCUUUUCGGGUUGCUCAAGAGCCUGGUGAAGCGGCGGCCUGACUUGCGGCUCAUUGUCACGUCGGCAACUCUGGACGCUGAGAAGUUCUCGGCCUACUUUUUCAACUGCAACAUCUUCACCAUACCAGGACGCUCUUUUCCAGUCGAGAUUCUCUACACCAAGCAGCCAGAGACCGACUACCUGGAUGCGGCAUUGACCACGGUGAUGCAAAUCCACCUUACGGAACCGGAGGGGGACGUAUUGCUCUUUCUAACGGGACAAGAGGAGAUUGACACCGCUUGCGAGAUUUUGCAUGAACGUAUGAAGGAUCUGGGACCGAAUGUGCCAGAGUUGAUCGUCCUGCCGGUCUACAGCGCUCUUCCCAGCGAGAUGCAGACUCGAAUCUUCGAUCCAGCUCCUGCGGGGACGAGGAAACUCGUCAUUGCUACCAAUAUUGCAGAGGCAUCCCUGACAAUUGAUGGCAUUUACUACGUCGUUGAUCCGGGAUUUGCAAAGCAAAAGGUGUACAAUCCGAAGCUGGGAUUCGACUCGCUGGUGAUCACUCCUAUAUCUCAAGCGUCAGCCAAGCAGAGAGCUGGUCGUGCAGGAAGAACAGGGCCCGGAAAGUGUUUUCGGCUUUACACCGAGGGCUCGUUCUGGAACGAGAUGCUUCCGACGAGCGUCCCAGAGAUACAGAGGGUGAAUCUCGGGAUGACGGUUCUGAUGAUGAAGGCCAUGGGGAUCAACGAUUUGCUCUCAUUCGACUUCAUGGAUCCUCCACAGUCCCAGGCGCUGGUUUCUGCCAUGAUGCAGCUCUACAGCUUGCAAGCGUUGGAUGAAGAAGGUUUGCUGACCAAGGUGGGGCGAAAGAUGGCGGAGUUUCCUUUGGAGCCACCUCUGUCCAAGAUGCUCCUGGCGAGCGUGGACCUCGGCUGCAGCGACGAGAUACUCACGAUCAUUUCGAUGCUCCAGGCGCAAAACAUUUUCUAUCGUCCUGGGGAGAAGCAGGCCCAGGCGGAUCAAAAGAGAGCCAGGUUUUUCCAGCCGGAGGGUGAUCACCUGACGCUACUUGCUGUCUACGAGGCGUGGAGUGAUAAGAAGUUCUCCGGACCAUGGUGCUUCGAGAACUUUGUACAGUCUCGAUCACUACGAAAGGCACAGGACGUGAGGAAGCAGCUGCUUACGAUCAUGGACAAACAUAAGCUGGAGGUGGUGAGUGCUGGGAAGAACUUGACAAGGAUCAGGAAGGCUACAUGUGCUGGAUUUUUUUUCCAUGCCGCACGCAAGGAUCCUCAGGAAGGAUACAGGACGAUUGUGGAGAACCAGCCUGUCUACAUUCAUCCAAGCAGUGCACUCUUCCAGCAUCAGCCCGACUGGGUGAUUUACAAUGAGCUGGUUAUGACGACCAAGGAGUACAUGCGAGAAAUUACAGUCAUCGAUCCAAAGUGGCUGGUCGAGCUUGCUCCCAGGUUCUUCAAGGCAGCCGAUCCAACCAAGUUGAGCAAGAGGAAGCGGGAGGAACGUAUAAAGCCGCUAUACGAUCGGUACCACGAGCCGAACUCAUGGCGUCUGAGCAAACGACGAGGAUAGUUUGGUGCUGCGACUGAGGUCUGAGAUGGAGCUAACAGGCCAGACACUGGUGGUGGUGGUGGAAGCGUUCACCCGGCUGGAUAGUAUAAGUUUUGAGCAAUUUAGGGCUCCUCUGCAAGAUUAGAUGUCCUUGGUCUUUUCUAUAAGUACACCAUCGCUGA